AUGCGCAGCAGGAUCUCCGGGGAAGAAGAGUACUACAACUCCCGUGAGGUCGUGCGGAAACAGGCCCGUGCAUCCUCCCGCCAAGCGCGUAGUCGCUGGUGGUUUUCUCUAUCACCUUUAGCUCUUGAAAAGAAUCCCAAAACAAAAGAGCAAAUUGAAAAUCUGUUACGGAAUGGAAUGAACAAAGAGCUACGAGAUCGUCUUUGUUGCCGAAUGACUUUUGGGACGGCGGGACUUCGUUCUGCUAUGGGGGCAGGAUUUUGCUAUAUUAAUGACCUUACAGUAAUACAGUCAACACAGGGAAUGUACAAAUACCUUGAGAGAUGCUUCUCAGACUUCAAGCAGAGAGGCUUUGUCGUCGGGUAUGACACCCGGGGUCAAGUAACUAGCAGCUGCAGCAGCCAGAGACUUGCUAAACUCACUGCUGCAGUCUUAUUGGCCAAAGAUGUUCCUGUGUACCUUUUUUCAAGAUAUGUUCCUACGCCUUUUGUACCAUAUGCGGUCCAGGAGCUCAAAGCAGUUGCAGGUGUGAUGAUUACUGCUUCUCACAACCGCAAAGAAGACAACGGGUACAAGGUUUAUUGGGAAACUGGUGCCCAGAUCACAUCUCCUCAUGACAAAGAAAUUCUGAAAUGUAUAGAAGAAUGUGUGGAACCUUGGAAUGGUUCCUGGAAUGAUAAUUUAGUGGAUACCAGCCCACUGAAGAGAGAUCCUCUGCAGGACAUUUGCAGAAGAUACAUGGAAGAUCUUAAAAAGAUCUGUUUUCACAGGGAAUUAAAUUCAAAGACCACCUUGAAAUUUGUACAUACAUCUUUUCAUGGGGUCGGACAUGACUAUGUGCAGCUGGCUUUUCAAGUGUUUGGUUUUAAGCCUCCUAUUCCAGUACCAGAACAAAAAGAUCCUGAUCCAGACUUUUCUACUGUUAAAUGCCCAAAUCCUGAAGAAGGAGAAUCUGUGCUGGAACUUUCUUUGAGACUGGCAGAGAGAGAAAAUGCCCGGGUAGUGCUAGCCACAGAUCCUGAUGCAGACCGACUGGCAGUGGCAGAACUUCAGGAGAAUGGUCAUUGGAAAGUUUUCACAGGGAAUGAGUUGGCAGCUUUGUUUGGGUGGUGGAUGUUUGAUUGCUGGAAGAAAAAUAAAUCAAGAAAUGCUGAUGUGAAGAACGUUUAUAUGUUAGCCACCACAGUCUCUUCCAAAAUUUUGAAGGCAAUUGCACUUGAAGAAGGAUUUCAUUUUGAAGAAACAUUACCAGGUUUUAAAUGGAUUGGAUGUAGGAUAAAAGACCUCCUGGAAAAUGGGAAAGAAGUCCUUUUUGCAUUUGAGGAGUCAAUUGGUUUUCUGUGUGGAACUUCAGUUUUGGACAAAGAUGGGGUGAGUGCAGCCGUUGUUGUUGCUGAGAUGGCAGCUUACCUGGAAACCAUGAACAUAACAUUGAAACAACAACUGACUAAGGUUUAUGAAAAAUAUGGUUAUCACAUUUCAAAAACAUCCUAUUUCUUGUGUUAUGAUCCGAUUACCAUCAAAAGUAUAUUUGAAAGGCUUCGCAAUUUUGAUUCUCCAAAAGAAUAUCCAAAAUUUUGUGGGGCAUUUGCUAUAUUGCAUAUACGGGAUGUUACCACUGGAUAUGACAGCAGUCAGCCUAAUAAGAAAUCAGUGCUGCCUGUGAGUAAAAACAGCCAAAUGAUUACAUUUACUUUUCAAAAUGGCUGUGUGGCUACUCUUCGGACAAGCGGGACAGAACCCAAGAUAAAGUAUUACGCAGAGAUGUGUGCAUCACCAGAGCAGAGUGACACUGCCUUACUAGAAGAGGAAUUGAAGAAACUCAUUGAAGCUCUGAUUGAGAAUUUUCUUGAGCCCAGUAAAAAUGGACUGAUCUGGCGUUCUGUUUAGUGCACACCAGUACAUCAUUUCUUUGCACUGGCACAUGGAACAGAACAGCAAAGAACUCCAUGUGUUGACAUCAUAUUAGCAUUCUCUCCCUAUCUCCUCUGGCCAAGUAUCCUUUUACUUUUAUUUUCUUUCUUUUGGUUAGCUGACUAAACAAACUAUCAAUUUGAAAUGCAAUGGUCUGGAGAGAAAUGAUUCAAAUUUUUUCAUAAUCUUGAACAAAAGUCAUUGCAUUAAAAGUAUUAUAGUGACACGUUGUUCUUCCUUUAACA